AAAGAACUGAAUAGAUUCAACUCUGAACGAACAGAAGACAAAGCAAAAUUUCUUCCUUACAUCAUCGUGUAUGACACAGAUGUUUGCCUGGAAACAAGUUGAGUUUUGAGCCUAACUAGACAUGUCCAUACAAAGACAUCCGUACAGGCUUCUGCCCAGCUACGUCAACUGAAUACACUAGAAAAAAAAGUUUUCCAUGUAUGUAGGAUGUGCCUCUGAGUGGACACAAAGUCUCGCUCCUCUGCCACUUUUCCAUAACAUUGAAAGUUAGUGGGUGCUAGUGUGCACAGUAAAAUAUGGUGGCUAAAAAUGGUGUUUGAAUGUGGCAUCCUGGUGCAGGGAGUGCCUAAAGGGGUGAGGCUCUCACGGAAAAGAUUAACAACUGAAGGAUAGUCUGUGGCAAAUAAUGGAUGCCAAGCUGAAAGAGGAUCUGUUUCGGAGGUACGUGACUGCUUUGGAAAAGCGUCUGGAGGAAGGUGGAGGAUGUACAGCAACUGGAACUACACUAAAUGGAGACAAAAACAGAAACAAAGACGGUGAGGCCCUACUCUCCACUGCCACCGCCCUGCUUGGAGCAUACCAGCCAGAUCCUGGACAGCGAUUUCGCAUGGUGCGAUUCUAUGAGGUAGUUGAGAAUUCCCUCCGCUGCCAGAGAGGAAGUAGUCUGAAGAGCCUGGAGAGAGCGUUCAACACACUGGAAACCGUCUGCACCAACCUGUUGCUUUUCCCUUGGAAAAAAGAGUUCAGGUUUAUAAAGACCUUCACUGGCCCGUAUGUGUACCAUCUUCAGUCUACUAUUCUUGAUUCUGAGCUCCAAACUCUAAUGCUGACCAUCGGAUAUUCUCGUGACCAUGAUUCGCAGUUUACAUUGCACGAGCACCAAGGUGACACAAAUUAUCUCCGCCAGCUAGCAUUUGAGCUUUUCUUGGCCCAGGCAGAGUGUCGUCUGCUGGGAGAGGUAGUGGCUCUUGCCCGUGGUUCAGCCUCAGAGCUGGAGGCUCUGGAACUCCGCAGAGGUUGCAGAGAUGAUGCUGCUGGCUGUGCCGAAGCACUCCGCAGACGUGACAGCCUUGGAGCAGAUAUGGCCCGAUUGUCUGUGCGACCGCUGGAUAUAGACAGGCCUCAUGCCCAUCAACUGAGGCGGGGUAGUCGACCAUCCAAGUCUGUGGAUGUUACAGAUGGGGCUGGUCACUGGCAUGCAGCUGUUAACAAGCCUGUUUUGAAGGCGUCAUUGAGUCUAAGGAAGGAGCCUCUAUUUGUGGAUGCUGAGGAGGAUAUGAAGGAUGAGAUCAUCAGGCCCAGCACCUCAGCUUCUUUUUUCUCAGUUGCAGCUCCACCUUCUUAUAGCCCCGUUGCAGACUUUUUCCCAAUUCAGUCACCUACCCCAGCUGAUCCCUACACAUCCUACCAUCUGUCCUCUUUAGAUGAGAUCGACCUGUACACGGAAAAAGGGGGUGCAGGGACUGGAGGAAGGCAGAUUCUAUCCCGACCCCCAUUCAGAGAACCUCGAGAUGCCAGAGAUGGCUGGCUGCUUAAAACUCAUUGUGUCAAGUGUCAAGGUUGUGGACUGGGUUGUUCAACAAUGACGUCCUGCCCCAGGUGUGACAUGAUUCUUUGCCCUGCCUGCCAUGAUGUGGACCCUUCCCCUUGCUGUGGCCUCCAGGAGUACCACUCCAAAUCUCCACGACCCCUCGAUGGAUACAUUCCUGUUAAGGAAAAGCUCUCCGUCUACUCCAACGCUCAUUCUCACUCCCAUCUUCAUCCACAUCCCCUAACAUUAACUCAUUCACAUUCUCAUCCCCAUCCUCACCCCCAGAUGUUGGAGAAACCCCUCAUGCCCACCAAGCUCUUUCCAAGUAAGUCUGCUGCUUUGACAACACCAAAGGGAGGCAGCAGUGACCGACUCAGCAUGGGGGGAUCACGGUGUGGAUUUUGCAACAAGCCAGGUGCUUCACACACCUGUGUGAACUGCUCAAAAGUAUCAUGUGACUCGUGUAUGGGCUUGUAUGCAAAAGAUAUGUGCACCCGAAAGAAUCCUCAGCACAGCUUCGUGCCCAACCAUCAGCUCAACUUUAAAUCUGGCACCAUAUCUCACUUAGUGUAUCGAUGAAUGAAGUGGUUGGGCUGUUCAUCCUAACAUAAAGUGUAGUCUUGCACUAUUGCUUCACC